CCUUUCUUCUACCAAACCUCACGAAACUCGGGAGUCACAACUUGACCUUUUUCGUUUUAUCUCCUGUUUCAAGACGCGGUUCGCCAAACCGAGGCAGUGUGAUUGCGGUCUACAACUGAUUAAGCUACCUUACCUUGGGUAGGGAGCUUAUCUAUAAUCUGCCCCGCCAUCUGACAAGAUACGAAUACCUACACGCAGUAGACGGUCGGCCCGACUCCUCUCGAUAUUUUCUUCUUUCUGUCCGUUUGAACUUCUGCGUUUCUGAGACUCUUGUCUUCCUUUCUAUUUUCUUCCCAUUACUUGUACCUUUCUUGGUCUCUCUGUGUCUCGGUGACUGCUGGGUGUAUUAUGGCGCCGGCUGCGGUCUCUCUUGAGAGGGAGAGGGAGAGGGAUGUUGGGGCGCUCUCUGCCCUUACCGCCACUUUCGACGACACAAUCCGCUUCUAUUUGAACGGCUCGAGGGUAGUUCUGGAGGACAUUGAUCCGGAGGUCACUCUUCUGGAAUACCUUAGGGGUAUUGGCCUCACCGGCACCAAGCUAGGCUGUGGCGAAGGAGGUUGUGGAGCAUGUACCGUCGUCGUUUCUCAGUUCAACCCGACAACCAAGAAGAUCUACCAUGCGAGCGUGAAUGCCUGUCUGGCGCCUUUAGUCAGUAUCGACGGCAAACAUGUUAUCACCGUCGAGGGCAUCGGGAACACCGAUAGCCCGCACCCGGCCCAGGAACGUAUCGCCAAGGGAAAUGGUAGCCAGUGCGGUUUCUGCACCCCAGGAAUCGUCAUGAGCCUGUACGCCCUGCUAAGAAACAACCCAUCGCCCAACGAAAGCGACGUAGAAGAAGCUUUCGACGGCAAUCUUUGCAGAUGCACCGGCUAUCGAUCCAUCCUCGACGCCGCCCAGACUUUCACCUCAAAAGAUAAGGGGUGCGGCCAGGCCACGGCCAACGGCGGUUCAGGUUGUUGUAUGGAGAAAGCGGAUGGUUCGGACGGCGAGAAGAACAGUGGCGGAUGCUGCAUGGACAAAGCGUCACUCGAUGACCAGCCCAUUAAGCGGUUCAACCCCCCGGGCUUCAUCGCAUACAACCCCGACACCGAACUCAUCUUCCCGCCGCAGCUCAAGAAGCACGAACUGCGGCCCCUCGCCUUCGGCAAUAAGCGGAAGAAGUGGUACCGCCCCGUCACCCUCGACCAGCUUCUGGCCAUCAAGAGCGUCUACCCCGACGCCAAGAUCAUCGGAGGGAGCACCGAGACUCAGAUCGAGAUCAAGUUCAAGGCCCUUCAGUACCCCGUGUCGGUCUUUGUGGGCGACAUUGCCGAACUUCGCCAGUACACUUUCCAUGACGAUCACCUCGACAUUGGCGGGAACGUGGUCCUGACCGAUCUCGAGUAUAUCUGCGAGGAGGCCGUCCAGCGUUACGGCCACGCCAAGGGUCAAAUAUUCGAAGCCAUCCACAAGCAGCUCAAAUACUUCGCCGGCAGGCAAAUCCGCAACGUCGGCACGCCCGCCGGCAACUUGGUGACCGCCUCCCCCAUUUCGGACCUGAACCCUGUGCUCUGGGCAGCCAAUGCUGUUCUGGUUGCCCGGUCAGAGAGCAAGGAGACGGAAAUCCCCACGUCUCAAUUCUUCACCGGCUACCGUCGGACGGCAUUACCACAGGACGCCAUUAUCGCGUCCAUCCGGAUCCCGAUUACGCAGUCCAAGAGCGAGUUCUUCCGCGCCUACAAGCAGGCGAAGCGGAAGGAUGACGAUAUUGCCAUCGUCACCGCUGCGCUGCGCGUCAAGCUCGACGACGGUGGCGUCGUCACCGAGGCCAACAUCGUGUACGGCGGUAUGGCCGCUAUGACGGUGGCGGCCCAGACGGCCAUGGGGUUCCUUGUCGGCAGGCGUUUCGCCGAGCUGGAGACCCUGGAAGGCACCAUGGGCGCGCUGGGUGCCGACUUUGACCUGCAGUUCAGCGUCCCCGGCGGCAUGGCGUCGUACCGCAAGGCCCUUGCCUUCAGCUUCUUUUACCGAUUCUACCACGACGUGCUCACCAACAUCGACGGCCAGAGUGACAUUGUCGACAAGGAAGCCAUCGACGAGAUUGAGCGGUCGCUGUCGGGCGGCUAUGAGGACAAGGACACUGCUGCGGCGUACGAGCAGGACGUCGUCGGCAAGUCCAACAACCACGCCGCCGCGUUGAAGCAGGUGACGGGAGAGGCCCAGUACACCGACGACAUCCCCCCGUUGAAGAACGAGCUGCAUGGGUGUUUCGUCUUGUCCACGAAGGCGCAUGCCAUCAUUAAAUCCAUCGACUACUCCGAGGCCCUCGAGGUCCCGGGGGUUGUCGACUGCAUCGACAAGAACGACGUUCCUUCGCCGGAGCAGAAUCGAUGGGGCGCGCCCAACUUUGACGAGGUAUUCUUCGCCGAGGACAAGGUGUACACGGCUGGGCAGCCCAUCGCCAUGAUCCUGGCGACGUCGCAGCUCCGGGCAGCCGAGGCGGCGCGCAAGGUCAAGAUCGAGUACGAAGAACUGCCGCCCAUCCUAUCCAUCGAGGAAGCCAUCGAAAAGGAGAGUUUCCACACGUAUUUCCGCGAGCUGAAGAACGGCGACACCGAGGAGGCGUUCCGUACUUGCGAUCACAUCUUCAGCGGCACCGCCAGGAUAGGCGGACAGGAGCACUUCUACCUCGAGACGCAGGCGGCCCUUGUGGUACCCAAGCCCGAGGACGGGGAGAUGGAGAUCUUCUCGAGCACGCAGAACGCCAACGAGACGCAGGUGUUCGCGGCCCGGAUGUGCGGCGUGCAGGCGAACAAGGUGGUCGUCCGCGUGAAGCGGCUCGGCGGCGGCUUCGGCGGGAAGGAGACGCGGUCGAUCCAGCUCAGCACGGCGCUCGCCCUGGCGGCCAAGAAAACGAAGCGGCCGGUGCGUUACAUGCUGACGCGGGAGGAGGACAUGGUCACGUCGGGCCAGCGGCAUCCCUUCCUGGGGCGGUGGAAGGUCGGGGUGAACAAGGACGGGAAGAUCCAGGCGCUGGACCUCGACGUGUUCAACAACGCAGGCUGGUCGUUCGAUCUCAGCGCCGCCGUGUGCGAGCGGGCCAUGUCGCAUUCGGACGGCUGCUACAAGAUCCCCAACGUGCACAUCCGCGGACGGCUGUGCAAGACCAACACCAUGUCCAACACGGCGUUCCGGGGCUUCGGAGGCCCGCAGGGCAUGUUCAUGGCGGAGACGUACAUGGAGGAGGUGGCCGACCGGCUCGGCAUGCCGGUGGAGAAGUUGCGCGAGAUCAACUUCUACAAGCCCAAGGAGAAGACGCACUUCAACCAGGUCAUGAACGACUGGCACGUGCCGCUGAUGUACCAGCAGGUCCUGGACGAGUCGGACUACGAGAUGCGGCGGGCGCUGGUCGACCAGUUCAACGCGGCGCACAAGUGGCGCAAGCGCGGGCUGGCGCUCAUCCCGACCAAGUUCGGCAUCUCGUUCACGGCGCUGUUCCUGAACCAGGCGGGCGCGCUGGUGCACAUCUACCACGACGGGUCGGUGCUGGUGGCGCACGGGGGCACGGAGAUGGGGCAGGGCCUGCACACCAAGAUGACGCAGAUCGCGGCGCAGGCGCUGCAGGUGCCGCUGGACAACGUGUUCAUCUCGGAGACGGCCACCAACACGGUGGCCAACGCGUCGUCGACGGCGGCGUCGGCGUCGUCGGACCUCAACGGGUACGCCAUCUACAACGCGUGCCAGCAGAUCAACGAGCGGCUCGCGCCCUACCGGGAGAAGCUGGGACCGGGGGCGACGAUGAAGGAGCUGGCGCACGCGGCGUACUUUGACCGGGUGAACCUGUCGGCGCAGGGGUUCUACAAGACGCCGGAGAUCGGGUACGUGUGGGGCGAGAACCGGGGCAAGAUGUUCUUCUACUUCACGCAGGGGGUGGCGGCGGCGGAGGUGGAGGUGGACACGCUGACGGGGUCGUGGACGUGCGUGCGGGCCGACAUCAAGAUGGACGUGGGGCGGUCGAUCAACCCCGCCAUCGACUACGGGCAGAUCCAGGGCGCGUUCGUGCAAGGGAUGGGCCUGUUCACGAUGGAGGAGUCGCUGUGGCUGCGCAACGGGCCCAUGGCGGGCACGCUGUUCACGAGGGGCCCGGGGGCGUACAAGAUCCCCGGGUUCCGGGACAUUCCGCAGGCGUUCAACGUGACGCUGCUCAAGGGCGUCGAGUGGGAGGAGCUCCGGACGAUUCAGCGGAGCCGGGGCAUCGGGGAGCCGCCGCUGUUCCUGGGCAGCUCGGUCUUCUUCGCGAUCCGGGACGCGCUUAAGGCGUCGCGGAAGCAGCACGGGGUGGAGGCGACGGUGGGGCGGGACGAGGCGGGCGACGGGUUGCUGAGGCUGGAGAGCCCGGCGACGCCGGAACGGAUCAGGCUGAGCUGCGAGGAUCCCAUUAUGAGGGCGGCGCGCGUGGUGCCGAAGGAGGGGGAGAAGAGUUUCUUUGUGGCGAUAUGAUGAUGCUGGGUGUUUCCGUUAUGGUUCGCGUUGGGCAUCUCAUCUGUGUAUGGGUUUGAACCAGGGCGCUUUUAUGAUUUGACGAUACUUGAAUUAAGGUAGGUAUAUGAUUGUUCGAACCGAGCCUCCGUUGAUGUGAUGAGUACAGGUAAGGUACUUCGUAGAGCGGAGGUAAUUAUGUCUUAUGGCUCGUUGCAUGGGCGACGGGUCGAGGCAUGAUAUUAUAUGUACUCUGCAGGUAGCUCCGCUAAAAUAUUCGGAUGGCCUUCUUAGUACGUACCUUGGGUACUUCGUUGAGUUAGCUGCAGGUACUCACUAACAUAGGUACCUCAUAUGCCGACCUGCAAGCUAAGGUACCUGUACACUUUAAGAUUGCAAAUGUGAAUUCAGGC